AUGAUCUUCUCGAAAGUCGGCAGCCUGGUGCUCUUUGCUGGCCUUGUCACAGCCUCUCCUUCAUUCUUCACGCCAAAUACGACAGAAGGCCACGAAGCUCCUGCUCACGAGCCCGCAGAGCCAGUUCAUGAACCCGCUGAACCAGUCCAUGAACCAGUCCAGCCAGAGCAUGAGCCAGCUGUACCGGCCCAUGAAGCAGCUCCUGGCUGUGAGCCAAUACAAGUCACUGUCCACGAGAUCGUGACUGUUCACGUCACACUCCCUCCUGAGAUCCAGCACGUCACAGAGACAGUCCACGUCACAUUACACCCAGAGACCAUCCACGUGACGGAAACCGAGGUCAAGCAUCAGAUUGAGACCAAGGUGGAAGAGGUCGUCGUCGAGAAGCCCAUCGAGAAGUUGGUCACCAUCAUCCACACUUCGGUCGUCAACAAUGAAGUGGAAAAGCCCGUCACUGUCAUCCACACGUCAGUGGUGAACCACGAAGUCGAGAAGCUCGUGACAGUCAUUCACACUUCUGUGGUCCACCAAGAGGUCGAGAAGCCAGUUACUGUGAUCCACACAUCCGUGGUGGAAGUCGAGAAGCCUGUUCAGGUCGUUCACACAGUCGCGGUUGAAAAACCUGUCGAGGUGCCGGUGACAGUUAUCCAUACCUCUGUUGUAGAGAAACCCGUUCAGGUUGUCCAUACAGUCGAGGUGGAGAAGCCAGUUGAAGUGGAAAAGCCAGUGACCGUCAUCCACACGUCCGUGGUCGAGGUCGAGAAGCCUGUUCAAGUUGUCCACACCGUCGAGGUUGAGAAACCUGUUGAGGUGCCAGUCACAGUUAUCCACACCUCUGUCGUGGAGAAGCCAGUGCAGGUUGUUCACACUGUCGAAGUGGAGAAGCCAGUCGAGGUGGUUCAUACUGUCGAGGUUGAAAAGCCUGUUCAUGUCACCGUGGUACACACCGUCACGGAGCACGGAGCCGCAGAGACGGUGCACGUUACGGCUAUCCACACAGUGACAGUCCCUGCUGCUGAACAUGAAAUGCCGGCUGAAGAGGAGCCGGUCCAUGAGCCGGUUGUCGAGCAUCCCGUCCAGGCUGAACCUGCUCCUGAACAUGAGCCUGGGGCUAUGCCCGAACAUGAGCCCGAAUCAAUGCCUGAGCACGAGCCUGAGCCAAUGCUUGAGCAUGAACCUGAGCCCAUGCCCGAGCACGAACCACAACCCAUGCCGGAGCAUGAACCUGAAGCUGUGCCUGAGCAUGAGCCUGAACCAAUGCUAGAAUAUGAACCCGCUCCUACGCCGGAGCACAAGAUGCAGCAGGAGGAAAGCCACCAGAAGGCUGAACCUGAGCCGAUCCCAAUCGUGAUCGUUCCUGGGGGAGGAUGGAAUGCCACCGGGACCCUAUCACACAUCCCGGGUCGUCGUGCUGUUUUUAAGAGGUGGUGA